AUGGCUACUGAGUUGACUGUGCAAUCUGAGAGAGCUUUCCAGAAGACCAAGGGUAACAAGAAGGCUAAGAGAUGGGUGAAGGAAGUCGGUUUGGGCUUCAAGACCCCUAAGUCUGCCAUCGAGGGUUCUUACAUUGACAAGAAGUGUCCAUUCGUCGGUGACAUCUCCAUCAGAGGUAAGAUUUUGACCGGAACUGUUGUUUCCACCAAAAUGCACAGAACUAUCAUCAUCAGAAGAGACUACCUCCACUUUGUUCCAAAAUACAACAGAUACGAGAAGAGACACAAGAACGUCGCUGCUCACGUUUCCCCAGCUUUCCGUAUCCAGGAGGGUGACGUUGUUGUCGUUGGUCAGUGCAGACCUCUUUCUAAGACUGUUAGAUUCAACGUCUUGAAGGUUGCUGUCUCCAAGGCCAAGUCUAAGCAGUUCACCAAGUUCUAA